AUGGAGGCAAUAGGCCUUGCGGCGUCGAUAGUCGGUUUAAUCGCCGCUAGCGCUAAGUUCAUCCCAUGGCUCGUAGACAUCUCAAACAAAAUCGCAGAUGUCCCGGACUCUGUCAGAACUAUGAUGCUUGAACUUAAUGAGACGAGCAUCGUUCUCAAGGGUGUCCAAGCCUAUAUCAACGAGGAAGAACAGGUGGCGGCUUAUCGAAAGUCCUUAAUCUCAAUUGAAAAUAUCUCAAUUACAUUAACUGGAUUUGUGGUUACAUAUUCAGACCUUGAGAAGCACCUCGAUUUUGUAAAGACUGGUGAUGAAAUUUCUUCUUUCGACAGGAGUAAAUGGGUAUUGAGAGAGAAGGACAUUCUAGACGUUGUCAGAAGGCUGCAAAAUCAUAAAGCCUCUCUUUCGCUAAUGCUUAAUAUCAUUAAUGCUUCUUCUCAAAGGAAAGCAGCACAAUUAACGGAAAAUCUUUGCCGAUCGGUUAAAGGAGCCUUACAACAAAAUCAAGGCCUGCUAGCUCAACUCGAGCAUCGCAAGUACAUCCACGAGGCCAGCAUUUUUGGGGGGCUAGCUCUUCCUGCCCCAGAUAUCGCUACAAUCCGUGGUUCAGAUAACAAGGAUGGGGACUCGACCAGUUCGACCACAAAGUCUACUACGCGCAGCCUUUCUGCGAAGUUUUCAUUACCGUCCCUACCGUUGAGCAUAAGAGCUACUAGACAACCUCAAAGUUCUUCAUUAGCUUUCGAGAAGGAUUUAACUACAUCUUGGGUGUAUAGGAGAUCUGGAUUUAAUCUAUCAAAAUCUUCAAUUUGGAGUAGAGAAGGUUCUGAACGCGGCGUUGCGUUAUCCACCCUAUCUCAACUAACAUGGACUAGGGUAUCCAAUAUCUCGGUAUUUAGCCUACCGAUAUUCCAAACUGACAUCUAUAACGGAUAUCAUUAUGACUAUCCCAAUCACGGAUAUGUGUUAUCCGAACAGCCUAGGGUAACUGCUACCGAAUCCGGUAGCGUUACGAUUGCAAUGCAAUGGUGGCGUAGGAAGAUAGAACUCACUCGGCGGCAGAAGCCUAUUGUCCAUCAAAUACCUAAUCUUCCAAAUGGCAGACUUAUAGGGCGCGAUGAUAUUUUGGCCAGGCUUGAAACAUACCUCAGCCUUAAAACGGUUGUUCAACGCGGUUCUUUAACAGUUUUCAAGGAAACCGAGUAUGAGGUUUUUCCAAUCAUAAAUUCCGAAGGGGAGAUUGAUUGCAAGGAAAACACUCGUGUAUUCGUCCUUUGGGGUGGAAUUGGUACCGGAAAGACGAGAUUAGCACUUGAAUAUGCCCACAAAGAGGUAUCUGAUUUGGUCGGAGAUUCUGCAAUUCAGUUAUUUAAGAGUCUCAGCUUUAGUAGUUUUGAUCUCACCACCAGAACACAAGAGGCGAGAUUGAUUGCGGCGAUAGGAAGCUCUCCUUCUUUAAUAUAUGCUGCUGCAGAAGCUGUUAAUUUGGGUCUCAUUAGUAUCGUGGAUAUCUGUGGGCAGGGCUACGUGGAUUUUGAAAUCUUGGCAGCUGCAGAGAAUCACUUCCAAACGACAAAACGUGAGAGUACAGAUUCCAUCACCCCAAAAUUGCGAUAUAGGGAGAUAAUAUCUCAAUGGGAUGAUGAGAUCAGCCGUAUGACCGCCCAACUUACCGAUACCUCUAUACUCCAUUUAGCUGUGUGCUUCACCUCAAAUCCUUUAGAAGAUGAAAUCAGCUAUCAGAUAGCGGCACGCUUACAACCAAAAGAAGUAGAUGAACUGGUUACAGAAACUAGUAUUUUCGGCGGAACCCAGUUAAAGGAAACGUCAAAUCGUGCAACUGAAAUGGCCAGUUUUGCUGGGAUAAAUUGA